GCUUCUAUAACCGUUUAGCCCAGUAAACCGGAAACUUAUUCCAAGCUUGGCUCUUCGGCGUGAGUUUCACACGGUCAUCUAGUUACCAGCCAACUUCUUCUAGCACGCGUGAUGGCUACCAGCAUUCGCUUUACGCGCUCUAUUGGUGGUCUGAACCAUGCGAAAUGCCGACCAUCGGUGGCUUGCUUGCGCGGUGCUAAUCGGUCGGUCGCUAUCAGACGGGGUGCUCGCCUGGUCGCGCGGGCUGAUCUGGAUGGGGUCAUGGACGAAGCCAGCAAGGCCAGGAUGAGGGAGAUGGAGCGGCGCUUCCGAAUGGCCGAUGCCGACGGCAAUGGCUAUAUUGAUCGCGAGGAGCUUCGCAACCUUCUAGAGUCGAUGGAGAGUGGCGAAGUCUACAUGCUGUCCCAGCACUGGCUUCCUGAGGGCGAGUUGGAUCGGGCCAUGGAGACUUACGACACCAACAAGGACGGCGUCAUCUCCUUUGAGGAGUUCAAACAAAUCGUGUACGACGGCAUUCUCUUGGAGGGCACUCUUGCGGAAUACGAGUCGGCAUUCAAGGCAAUCGACAAGAGCGGCAACGGCACCAUCGGCGCCACGGAGCUGGGUCAGCUGUUCGCGCAGCUGGGCAGCCCCGUCAGCCCGGAGAAGCUGGUGGACCUCAUGCAGAUGUACGACAAGGACGACAGCGGUCAGAUCGAGUUCAACGAGUUCCUGGUCAUGUUCCGCAACAACCUGCUCGACCUGCGCGCCAUGAGCUCCUACAUGACGAACGAGGAGCUGGACGGUGUGCAGAUGGGAUCCGGAACCGGCGCAGUGGUGGAGGCGGUUGAGGGCGACAUGACGAUUAUCUUCAGCGAACAGGAGUUGGACGAGAUCAUAACCGCCAACCCCAACAAGCUGGUCGUGGUGUUUGGAGCGCUCACCUGGUGCCGGCCCUGCAAGGCCAUGCAGCGGCCCGUGCAGAAGCUGGCGGAGCACUACAAGGACCAUAUCGUGUUCGUGAAGCUCUUCGGCAACGCCAACAAGCAGACCAAGAAGAUGUUCAAGGAGCGGUUCCAGGUUCGCUCCACUCCCUGCUUCAUCACUCUGCGUCAGGGGCAGCCCGUGUAUACGCAAACCGGCUCAAACAAGGAGAAGCUGGAGACUGGACUGAGGUCGCUACUGUCCAACCCGCCAGUGGGUAUGGUCUACCCCUCGGACCCCGUCGCGGUCCGCGCGCUGUGAGCAGCCGUCAACAGGGGGGCAAAGAGGAAACAACUAACUGACUGAGGGAUAAGGCGUCAAGAGGGGGGCGGUGGUGGUGCAGUGGAAGGGGGGUGGGUGAUCGGAGCCCCUUCGCCUUCCAUGGGGGUCUGGUCGGAGCCCCUUCGUCUUCCAUGGGGUUUGCCGUACGGUCCUUCGAGUGGGUCUUCCGGCUCGCUGCAGGCGUCUGGUGCUGUCCUUGAACUGCGGCUGGCGAGAUGGAUUUGGAUGUGCGCAGGAGGCGCUUUUGUAGGGAAGGGCGGGGUGGGGUGACGAUGCUGAAAAUCCUCUUCUGUCUCUGUCUGGGUGUGGAAGGAAUGUGGGCGAGAAGAGGCAGUGCCGAACAGGUGUUGUCGUACUUUAUUGAAAAGUGCUUGGCUACUUAACUCCCACAGCGCCCCACGGGUCUCAAUUUUGGGAAAGAGGUGGCCGGUUGGAGGCUGGAUGAGAAGUUGGGGGAUUUAGGUAGUAGACAGAGAGCAUGUGUCAGGAGGGCCACGAGGAGGAACGUAAGAGGUGCGUGUUCAGCAACUGGUCUUUUAUGUGUGUGACGAAGCACGGGUGCUGAGAAGGUUGACGUUCGAGCCUAUGCCGGUCGCGCGGGUUGUUCAGUACACUAUACUAUGUAAAGGAGGCCUGCCUUCCAGGCUUGCUCACAAAAAUGUUUUAUAGAUGAGGUCGGUUUGGGGUUUGGGGAGCUUGGGUGGAUUGUGUGGAGCGUGUCAUUUAUUUGCAGUCCGGUUUGCGUCGGGUGGCAAAAUUGCAGGAAGAGAGAGGCGUGGAGACGGUCCCCGGUUUGGAGGCCAUUUAUACCUCGUUUGCAAGGAAGGAAGGAAGGAAGCAAGGAAGGAAAGGUUCCUCUUUGGGAGAAGAAGCUGUGUUUACCGUGCAGCCCAUGCGUGCAUGCAUGCAUGCAUGCAGGCAGGCAGCAGGCGACCACACCCGAGUGGGUAGGAGAUCCUAAGAGAAUUGAUGGGGAACUGCUGGUGUUGCUAUACUUGAUUGGCUACCCUAAUGGCGGCCGUGUAGUACUGUCGUACAAUGCACCCGCUUGUAUAUAUGAUUGUGCGGAAAGGGGCAUCGUACGCAUGGUGUGCUGUGUUCUGCUGUUCCUAUGUAUUCCGCGCAUACUUUAUUGAAGCAUACAGCAGGUGCCUACAUUGUAAUUAUACCGAACUCGAAAGAUGCCUUGUCAAGUACCCUCAAGACGUCAAGAGCUAUGCCUGUGCAGCAGGGGCCC